AUGAGUAAUAAUCUGAAACUUGGCGUUGAAGUCAUAAGCGCGAGGCUCAACCCCAAAGAAGAGAUUUCUUACGGUGAUGGCUACGGUGGUGUUAACGCCUUCGUCGAGCUACGAUUCGACGAUCAAAAAGUCAAAACCUCGACUAAACACGACGAUUCGAGUCCGGUUUGGAACGAGAAGUUCUUCUUCAACAUCUCUGAAUCAGAGGAUCUGUCGAAUCUUGUUCUUGAGGCUUACGUUUACACUAAAACCAGCAACAUCACAAAAUCGUGUCUCGGCAAGAUCCGAAUCUUCGGAACUGCGUUUGUGCCCUACUCAGAAGCUGUCGGAUUAAAUUACCCUCUUGAGAAAGACAAAUGGAGCGUCUUCUCCUCCUCAGCCGCCAUUAGACGUGAGCUCGCUCUCAAAGUGUUUGUAACUGAUAACCCCUCUCUCAAGGCACAUAAUCCAACGCAUACAAAGAAGAUUACUUCUAACACAAGGCACCGAUUCCACAACAUCCCCUCAACGGAGAAGAGUAAACCUAGCCAACGAAAACAUCAGCAAUCGCCUCAACCGCAACCGCCUCAAUCGCUGCCACUUCAAACGCAACUGCCUCAACGACCACCGGUUAUGGAAGCUUCUCGACAUCAAGCCGUGAGGUUUGCAUCACCGAUACCUACAGCAAUGGGAUUGAAUCCGAAUCCACCGGAUUAUUCAAUCAAAGAAACGAAUCCGAUUCUCGGAGGAGGCAAACGAGGAAGAACCACCACAGGUCAUGAUCUCGUGGAGCCAAUGGAAUUCCUCUUUGUCAAAAUCGUGAAAGCUCGGAAUCUUCCAACAAUGGACCCAACCGGAAGCCUAGAUCCGUAUAUCGAAGUCAAACUCGGAAACUUCACGGCGAAAACCAAACAUUUCGAGAAGAAUCAAAAUCCGAUUUGGAACGACGUCUUCGCUUUCUCCAAAUCCGAUCAACAAUCAAACUUUCUCGAUGUCGUCGUCAUGGACAAAGACGUGAUCAAAGACGAUUUCGUCGGCUCGAUCCGGUUCGAUCUCAAUGAGAUACCGACACGUGUUGCACCGGACAGUCCUUUAGCUCCGGAAUGGCACAGAGUCAACGCCGAGAAAGGAGGCGAGAUUAUGCUGGCGGUUUGGUUCGGUACGCAAGCCGACGAAGCGUUCUCAGACGCAACGUACUCAGACGCUCUAAACGCCGUUAACAAAUCGAGCGUGCGUUCUAAAGUCUACCAUUCUCCAAGGCUGUGGUACCUUCGCGUUAACGUCAUCGAGGCACAAGACUUGGUUGUUGUACCAGACCGGACUCGGUUUCCAAAUCCAUUUGUAACGAUCAAAUUAAGUAACCAAAUGGUUCGAACCAAACCGAGUCAAUCGGUUAACCCGAGAUGGAACGAAGAGUUUACGCUUGUAGCGGCCGAACCGUUUGAAGAUCUGGUUAUCUCGAUCGAAGACCGGGUCGCGGUUAACAGAGAGGAAACGAUCGGAACGGUUAAGAUACCGAUCGACUCAAUCGAUAGACGGGUCGAUGAUAACCGGACAGUACCCAACCGUUGGUUUAGUCUUGCGUUAGAUAACCAGAGGAGAGUCAGAUUCGCGACGACGAAGCUUCUCCUGAACGUUUGCUUAGAAGGAGGCUAUCACGUUCUCGACGAAUCUACUUACUACAGCAGCGAUUUCAGACCGUCGAUGAAAGAGCUCUGGAAUCGUCAGCUGCAGCCGUCGAUUGGUGUUCUCGAAUUAGGGGUUUUAGGAGUGGAAGGUUUGAUGAAUCAGAGCCAAGACGGGAAGAAAGAGACGGUUGAUGCUUACUGCGUGGCUAAGUAUGGAACCAAAUGGGUCAGGACCCGAACCGUUACAAACAAUUUAAACCCGCGGUUUAAUGAGCAGUACACGUGGGAGGUUUACGAGCCAGCGACUGUGAUCACAAUCGGCGUUUUCGAUAACGAUCAGAUCAAUGGUAACGGCAGCAACAGAGACGGGAAGAUUGGGAAAGUCAGAGUGAGAAUCUCGACGCUGGAAUCAGGAAGAAUCUACACGAAUUCGUAUCCGCUUCUUGUGCUUGGACCGUCCGGUUUAAAGAAAAUGGGGGAGUUGCAUUUGGCGAUCCGGUUUACUUGCACGUCAAUGUUUCAGAUGCUGGUUCAGUACUUUAAACCGCUUCUUCCCAAAAUGCACUACGCGAGACCGUUGAAAGUCGUGCAGCAGGAGAUUCUCCGGCAGCACGCGGUUAACCUGGUGGCGGCUCGGUUGAGCAGAGCAGAGCCGCCGCUGAGGAAGGAAGUAAUUGAGUACAUUUCGGAUUCGAAUUCGCAUUUCUGGAGCAUGAGGAAAAGCAGAGCGAAUCUAUUCAGAUUAAGAUCGGUUUUCUCCGGUUUACUCGGUACGGGGGAAUGGUUUCAAGAUAUCUGCAGGUGGAAGAAACCGGUAGCGUCUACAGCGGUUCAUGUGCUCUACUUCGCGUUUGUGUGUAUGCCGGAGAUGAUUCUUCCGAUGACGUCUCUCUGCUUGUUCAUGGUCGGUGUAUGGAACUACAGACUGCGACCGAGACAACCUCCGCACAUGGACACAAGACUCUCAUUUGCAGACAAUAUUCAUCCUGAAGAGCUAAACGAAGAGUUCGACACGUUUCCAUUUUCUUCACAAGACAUGGGGAUGGUGAAAAUGCGGUACGAGCGGUUGAGGAGUAUCGCGAGCAGAGCUCAAACGGUUGUGGGAGAUAUAGCUGGUCAGGGAGAGAGGGUUAUGGCUCUGUUAAGCUGGAGAGAUCCAAGAGCGACUUCGAUUUUCAUGGUGUUGUGUCUGUUUUCAUCUGUUGUUUUGUAUGUUGUGCCGUUUAAGGUCUUUGUUCUUCUCGCUGGAUUAUACAUCAUGAGACAUCCGAGGUUCCGGCGAAAGACACCUCCUGGUCUUGUUAACUUCUUCAAGCGACUUCCUGCAAGAACAGAUUGUAUGUUGUAG